CUAUAUAAGCAAUAUGAAACAUGAUUGGCGUCAUUAUUUUAAAUCUUUUAAUUAAACUAGGUUAAGACAUAAUUUGUCUGGUUAAAUCUUAUUCAAAAUACAUCACUUACUUAAGAAUUUCUAAAUCCAGUAAAUUUUUAGUUUAUACUUGAUAACCGUUUUAUUAUUUACAUGAGCCAUGAGCAAUACGCCCAGAGAUAAGGGGUUAAACCAGAAAGAGAGGAUUGACGAAGUUACGAAUAUUAAAGAAUUACAAAAACAGGGAGUGCGCGAUGAACAGGGCCGAAUAGCUAUUAGUAAUACAGAGGCUGACGAGAAUUUUGAAUCUGAAAGGCACAAGAAUGAUAGAGAUGAAGACGUCAAAAGUGGAAGUGAAUCUAAUGCAAGCUCUGACGCUGACGGUGGUACUGGUGUGAUACGAAUUGAGAAUCUAAAUAGGAAGAAAUCACAAUUAUUGCAAAGAUUAACUUCGCUCAAUGCAUUUUUCGCUGAUACUUCUGAACCUGUUUCAUUAUUUACACACGAAAGAGAAAAAAUAGAAAAAGAUCAACAACAGCAGAAUUAUCAAAACUUGCAUCCAGACUGUAACACAGAACAGGCACAAGCAGAUUUGUCUUCCAAUGUAGAUGAUGAAGCUAUUAGAACAAAAGAAAAAAAAUGAGAAGG